AUGAUCAUGGCGGAGUUCUGGGAGAAAAUCAAAAUGGUCUCUGAAGUGAUCAAGGAGCAGAAAGAAGCAGCGGAGAUGAAGAAACAGCUCGACGCGGAUUUAGACGACAUGGUUAAUCAAACGCAAAAGUUCUCCCACUCCGUCGUACAGAAUCUCCAGCGUCCUUCCAGCCCAACAUCUUCGACCUCAUCCAAAAGAACGGAUGCCAUGAGCACUGCUGAUUCCAGAGCAGCAUCAGACUAUGAAAUUUCUGAUGAAGAUUCCGACGCUUCCGCCUCAAUCGCUUCCAGCGAAGAAGAUCAAUCAGAAGACGAACUUAAGCAGCUAGAAGAUCAGCAAGAUGACGAUCUACUGGAAAUUUAUGCAAAGCUUUAUGGCCACAAUCUUCCGCAAAAAGAAGAAGUCAAAAAGGAAGAAACAGUCAAAGAAGAACCAGAAGAGCCAGAAAAUCCUGAGAAAAAGCCGAAACUCGAAAGACUAGAUAAAAUUAUUCAAGAAAAAAGUAUUACACCAGAUCUACCAGAAACGCCUGAAAGCCCAAAAGACGAAAAAACAGAAAAUCUGAACAAAAUCACGAGAACUGCGCGAUCUAUGCUUCCGACAGGCCUAACGCUUGGAGAGAAUCAUGUCAAAACUCCGAUUCCUUCGCUGAUGAAGGGAAAAUUGAGGGACUACCAGCACAUCGGGCUAGAUUGGCUGGUUUCGUUGCAUGAUCAAGAUUUGAAUGGGAUUCUGGCGGAUGAAAUGGGUCUUGGAAAAACUAUUCAGACUAUUUCUCUCCUCGCUCAUCUAGCAGUAAACCAAGGCCAAUGGGGCCCCCAUUUAGUCGUCGUCCCCACAUCUGUACUUCUCAACUGGGACUUAGAAUUCAAGAAGUGGUUUCCAGGCUUCAAAGUAAUCGCCUAUUACGGGACGCAAAAAGAACGCAAGGAAAAACGCCGCGGCUGGUCUCGAGAGAAUAUGUUUCACUGCGUCAUUACGAGUUACAAUUUGGUGAUUCAAGAUCAGCGAAUGUUCAAGAGGAAAGAUUGGAAUUAUUUGAUUCUGGAUGAAGCGCACAAUAUAAAAAAUUGGAUGUCGCAAAGGUGGCAGACUCUCUUGGGCUUCAAAUCGGAACACAGACUUUUACUUACCGGAACGCCAUUGCAAAACGACUUGUUGGAGCUUUGGGCGUUGUUGCACUUUCUGAUGCCAGAUUUAUUCGAAUCGCGAAAGGGGUUUUCGGAAUGGUUUCAUCGGCCGAUUGGUGAUAUGGUCGAAGGAUCAGCCGAGUACAACAAAAAACUCGUCGAGCGGCUUCAUAAAGUUUUGAGGCCGUUUUUGCUGCGGAGAUUGAAAUCUGAGGUGGAACAGCAAAUGCCGAAAAAGUAUGAGCACGUCGUGUACUGUCAUUUGUCGAAGAGGCAACGAGCACUAUAUGAAGAUUAUAUCUGCCGAACGGACACUCAAGAGAGGAUGAAAUGCGGUGGAUAUAUUGGCAUCAUCGGCGUCAUCAUGAAUCUUAGAAAAGUUUGCAACCAUCCAGAUCUACUGGAGCCUCGUCCUGUCGAAUCACCAUUUCUCCUUCCUCGUUUAUCAUUGUCACUUCCACGCAUUUGCGUAUCAAUUCUCACUCACUAUCACGCUCGCGGAUUUACUGGUCGUAUUUGGCAGCGCUUGCCCACUACAGGCUACGCGCUGGAUAUACGGGCCAGAACGGAGCUCAGUAUCUUCAACACAUUCACGAUCAACAAACUCGAUGCUAGCAAAGAAUAUUACAAUUUAUACUUGAUGGAAUAUCAAAAAUAUAAAAAGAAGAAACCGCCCAAAGGAUAUGAAUGGUUGGCCUAUCGAAGGCAGCAGAAAAACAAAUCCAAAUAUAAAACCAUGUACAGCACUAAUCGCAACCGAUGCACCGUCCUACCAGCACCAUCUCACUUUGCCCCAGCUAAUGUUCGGCAGUUACUAAAUAUUCCGAUCACAGAAAAACUCGCUUUUCAAACCUUAUCACCAAUUUCCGAAGUUCUCAAGAAAAAAAUCUCCUGUUAUUGCGCUGCAGCCGAAGCACCAGUUCCUAUCUUGGACGUGAGCUCCCCGAUGUACCACAUUCGAGAGCGGGAAUUGAGCAAAAAUAUCGCUGACAACACGAUUUCUAUACGAGUGAAAACUCACGCUGAAGAUCUUGCAAGAAGGGUUCAGUUGCCUGAAACGAGGCUUAUACAGUACGAUUGUGGAAAGCUCCAGACUCUUUAUAAUCUUAUUUAUCAGAAAUUAAAACCCAACGGCCAUCGAGCGUUGAUUUUCACGCAAAUGACGAAGAUGCUCGAUGUCUUGGAACGAUUCCUGUCGUAUCAUGCUUUGACUUAUAGUCGUCUUGAUGGCUCAACUGCGCCUGAAGCCCGUAUACAAAUCAUGGAAACAUUCAACAGGGAUCCGAAAAUCUUCUGCAUGAUUCUUUCGACAAGAUCUGGUGGAAUCGGUGUCAAUCUUACAGGUGCGGAUACUGUGAUUUUCUACGACUCUGAUUGGAAUCCAACGAUUGAUGCUCAAGCGCAAGACCGAGCUCACCGAAUAGGACAGACGAGAGACGUGCACAUUUACAGAUUUAUCGCGAAAGAUACAAUAGAAGAAAAUAUUUUGAAGAAGGCAAAUUAUAAACGAAAGCUAGGGAAUGUUGCAAUUGAGGAAGGACGGUUCAACAUCGAGGGGCUCAAAGAAGAUCAACUUCGUGUUCUCAUCGAGGGUAAAGAAGACGAUGAUGAAUCGAUGGAGGCCUCUUCGGAAGAACCAGAGUCGAACGAAAGCGUGAAAAACAAUCUCGCCGCGGUCGAAGACGCGGACGAUCAAGAAGCAGCCAAGGUCAUCCUCGACGAAGUCGGCGAAGAUGAAGAAGAGUUCCAGGAAGAAAGUGACGAAGAUAUUGAAGAUAAACUUACGCCGCUUGAGCAAAUGUCGUUGAAGUGGUUCCUUGAAGAUCAAGCCCGGACGAUCGCCGAAGAGGAAGCUCAGAAAGCAGAAGAAGCGAGGAUACGAAAGUUGAAAGAGGAGGCGAAGGCCAAAGCAAAUCCUCCAGUUUCGAUUUCUAAGAAUUUCCUGCCAAAUAAACGCUCCCAACGAAUCGACAAACGGCUGAAGCAUGAGAGAGCGAUGGAAAACGAGCUCAAGCGAUGUCGUAGAACCGAUAGUGACUAUUACGAAGAUUCCGAUGAAGAAGGCUACCAACCGACUCGUCGAAAAUCCUACCAAACAAGAACGCCAAAGCCGCCAGCUCGGCGUGGGAGACCACCGCUGAACAAGGAUAAAGAUAAAACCACAGCGAAAUCAACGGCGAAAACAGCAGAUUUGCCCAAACGAAAAGCGCUCCCGAGGGAUAAUUCCAGCCUAAAACUAAACAAAGUAGAAGUUCAAUUUGUUGCCUGCAACCCAAGAAGAAUCAGUUCAGCUCAAAGUCCUCCGUCAGAAGCAGACUGGUGA